AUGACGGGUCCCGGUCGAUCACCAUCUUCGCCCUGGGUGCAGCCAGUGCAAGGAGGUUCCCGAGAUAUUAGAAGCCCCCAGUCUUUUCAUCCCACUCUGUCACCUCAAGCAACUGGUAUGCAUUCGAAUGGCUUUAUCACGGAGACAUCCAGUCCCAACUACUUCGGCAUGACAGUCGAACAUCGCUCGAGCAACCCACCAACAUCAACCCCGGGACCACACGUGCAGAAGAACUGGAUAGGUUCAUUCCCCCACCCCCAGGUCCCCCACCCCCAGGCGUCUCUUCCCAGUCCGACCAAACUGCAAUUAUUCUCGCAAGAAUCGGUAUCUGACGGCCUGGUCAAUCUGCUGAGAUCUGAAUCAGAAUCUGAUAAAGGUCGACGGGAAUCGGCUUCUCAAGGCUUUCCCUCUAACGGUGAUCGGUCAUCAGGCUGGUCUCAAGGAAACUUGAGUGGCUCUACUCCAGAAAAUAGGAAACCUUCGCUCGUCUCGGUGCCAGAAGCCUCUCAGUGGAUCACAGCUGACCGUUGUGCUGAGCUUCUUCGAUCCUCUCCACAAGGGCUCCUUCUCUUGGAUGUUCGCCCCUUUGCUCAUUAUUCCAAAUCCAAUAUCCGAGGAUCUUUGAAUCUCUGUAUUCCAACCACAUUACUCAAGCGCCGGUCAUUUGAUACCCAAAAACUGGAAAAUACAUUUACCAGUGAUAAUGACAAACGGCGCUUUUCUCGGUGGAGGGAGUGCACCACUAUCGUUGUCUAUGACUCUGCCACUUCCGAGGCGAAAGAUGUGGCCGCCUUGCUGAAUGUCAUCAACAAGUUCGAGGCAGAGGGCUGGUCUGGGAAAGGACUAAUUUUGCAGGAUGGCUUUAAGGGCUUUUCCGCCCGAUUUCCAGACUUGCUGCAACGGCCGCAAGCGCAGACGGCAGGCCCGUCAGCUAAGAAACGGUCUCCCAUGAGCAUCGAUCUUCCAUCCGCGGCCCCUGUCGCUGGGGGGUGUGCUCUUCCCGAUUCAUCAUCAGCCGUGAAUCCCUUUUUCGGUAAUAUCAGGCAAAACAUGGAUCUUAUGGGUGGAGUCGGGCAGAUUGCUUUGAAGUUACCUAAUGGUCUGACAGAAUCCACCCGGCAGGCUCUCCCUCCUUGGCUCCAAAAUGUGUCGGACCCGGAAGAUCAAGGUCACAUAGCCUCUGAGAGAUUUCUGGAUUUGGAGAAGAUAGAGUUACAACGUAUGAAGCAAGCGUUGUCAUACGAAGGCCCCUCGGCUUCGGCUGGAGGAGCUUCCAAGAAGUACCGUGUCGCAGGUAUUGAAAAAGGCACCAAAAACCGCUACAAUGAUAUUUACCCCUUUGAACAUUCCCGAGUGCGGCUUGAGGGAAUUCCCCUAGGAGACUGUGACUAUGUGAAUGCGAAUCACCUCCAAGCCGAAUUGAGCAAUCGCAGAUAUAUCGCGACACAAGCGCCAGUUCCGGAUACAUAUAAUGACUUUUGGCGAGUGGUCUGGGAGCAAGAUGUUAGGGUUCUCGUCUCACUGACGGCUGAGAUGGAGCGUGGGCAGGUGAAAUGCCACCCGUUCUGGAUGACUGGGGAUUAUGGGCCAUUCAAAGUCAAGGCUUAUUCCGAAAAGUCCAUCCACGUUGAAUCCCUGGGCCAAUCAGCCACUCCUGACCAGUCUCCCGACGGGACUAAUGAAAACCCCGUCAUCAUCGUGCGGCAUUUCAGCCUUUACCAUACAGCGUUGCCGUUCCAACCACUUCGAGACAUUACACAGCUCCAAUAUCCCUACUGGCCUGACUUCGGGACCACUUCACAGCCCACUCAUUUGCUCAAUCUGAUUGAGCAAUGUAACAAGGCUGUCCGCUCCACCAGCUAUACCGGAUUCAGCAGCGAAGAGGCCGAGCCGACCGGCCAGCGACCUAUUCUAGUCCACUGUAGCGCCGGCUGUGGUCGCACUGGGACUUUCUGUACGGUUGAUAGUGUGCUGGACAUGCUCAAACGACAACAGAUGCCGGGUGCACAAUCCUCAGGGUCACCGGGACCACCGGGAUGGACCCGGGAUUCUCAUCUUGACCUGGUCCGGAAAACGGUAGAAGACUUCCGGACUCAGCGGCCGAGCAUGGUGCAAAAUCUCAGUCAGUAUGUGCUCUGUUAUGAAAGCGUACUUGAAUGGUUGGUGUCUCGAAUGAACGAGCGGUCUUGA